AUGAUCGAUAGCAAUGUUGCAGGAGCCUCCAGCAAAUUAUCUGGUGUCAUUCAAGCUGAUGCUGGCGUUGAUCUAAAAAGGAUCUUCUGCGAUGUGCGUGACCUCGUUGCCAGGCAUGGCCACCAUCGAACUCUGUUACCAGUACAGCUAUUCAAGUACCACUACGAAGCUACUUUGUCGGCUUUCAACUCUAUUCAGACAGACGUUGGAAUGGUAGAUGAGGAGCUCCUGCGGCAGUUCGAAGAAGAGGGCAAGCUAGAUGAUGCAAGUAAGCUAUACAGGAGAUUGAGCAUGACAUUGCACAAGUGUAGCAUGAACCUUGCUGAACUUGGUCGACGACGAAGAUUUGAGGAGGAGCUUGGUAGCCGACUGCUGCAGGAUUUGCAGAACGAUAGUAAGCUAAGAGUCGUGGUGGAGAUAUACUCUAGAAUGUCUCAGAGUCGGGACUCGGACAUUGAGAGUCUACCUGGAAAGAUUGAGAGUCAACGAAAUGUUCUAUACAAUUUGAUCACGCAGCACGAUAGCUAUCUACAAGCUAGGCUAGCUAGAGAAUCACUCCGAGACUCCAAGGCGAUGAAAACGCUGUCUAUCUUGACGAUUCUUUUCCUACCUGGAGCUUUCAUCGCUACUAUCUUCUCCACCAACAUGUUCGACUUCAAAUCCAAGAACCAGCAAGUGAGGGUUUAUUUUGCGAUCGUUAUCCCUCUCACUGCUGUUCUGAUGAUCUGCUGGGUUCUUUGGUUGAAGAACACACCUGAGAGAGCUGAUGAAGAAUCCGUACGCCAAAAUCAACCAGCGGUAGCUAUUAACUGGCUAAAAGGGAGCAAGGCCGAUUGA